AUGGCUGCCCCCAGGUCUUCCCACUGUGGGCGCCUAGCUAAUGCUUCGAGGUAUUUCUGGUGGUUUCCCAGUAUCCACGCCGGACAAUAAGUUUCUUAGGUCCGCAGUCCUGGUGUCUUGUCGGGCCGCAGGGCUCGGGCUCUGAGGAGAAUGGAUCCUUCUUUGGAUAUGUGGGACUUCUCAUCUUUAAUAUCAUUAUGGAUAAACAGGUUUUACAUAUAUUUGGGCUUCGCCUUUGGCUUUAGCCUUUGGAUUUGUUUCCAGAUUGUCAUCAGAAAGCAGAACAAAAACUCACAGGAGAAAACCGUUCCAAAAGCAUCUCGGGAUUUGAUGACAAAUGGCUAUAUCUCUCUUCAAAAGAAGCAAGUCUUUGUGUCUGGAGUGAAGAUUUUCUAUGGUUCUCAGACUGGCACGGCAAAGGGAUUUGCGACAGUUCUUGCCGAAGCAGUUAGCUCCCUUGAUCUGCCUGUGGCAGUUAUUAAUCUGAAGGAAUAUGACCCAGAUGACCAUCUAGUAGAAGAGGUUACCAGUAAAAAUGUCUGUGCCUUCCUGGUUGCUACCUACACUGACGGUCGGCCGACUGAGAGCGCAGAGUGGUUCUGCAGGUGGCUAGAGGAAGCAGCCAAUGACUUUCGCUUUGGCAAAACGUACCUGAAGGGUGUGAGAUACGCGGUGUUUGGUCUGGGAAAUUCUGCGUAUGUGAGCCACUUCAACAAGGUGGCGAAGAACGUGGACAAGUGGCUCUGGAUGCUCGGCGCCCAUCGCGUGAUGUCCCGAGGGGAGGGUGACUGCAACGUGGUUAAAAGCAAACACGGCAGCAUUGAGGCCGACUUCACAGCAUGGAAGGCUAGAUUCAUCUCCCGGCUACAGGCGCUCUGUAAAGGAGAGAGAAAACCCUGUGGUGGCAACUGCAAGAAAGGCAAGUGCGAGUCUAAUCAGCACGGCUCGGAGGCAAUGGAGCCAGGGUCUCACGCUCAAGAGGGAUUUCAUCAGAGAGACGCUGAGCAGGAAGAGCCCUUUGGGAGCACCAGUGAGGAAGAGUCUGGUACUGAGGACCAUCAGAGUCUAAAAUCUGUCAUUGAUGUUGAAGACCUCGGCAAGAUUAUGGAUCGUAUGAAGAAAGAAAAGAGAGAAAAGGAGCGGCAGGAAGGGGAAACUAGUUUGAUCAGGAGCACAGUGAAGAAUGAAGCCAGUGAAAGAAGAGCUAUGAUAACUCCUGCUCUCCGAGAAGCCCUUACUAAACAAGGUUAUCAGUUGAUUGGGAGCCACUCUGGGGUGAAGCUUUGCAGGUGGACAAAGUCCAUGCUCCGAGGGAGAGGAGGUUGCUAUAAACAUACGUUCUAUGGCAUUGAAAGCCAUCGUUGCAUGGAAACUACCCCGAGCUUGGCAUGUGCAAAUAAAUGUGUCUUCUGUUGGCGGCACCACACCAAUCCAGUGGGUACUGAAUGGCGGUGGAAGAUGGACCAGGCUGAAAUGAUCUUAAAGGAAGCCAUUGAAAACCAUCAGAACGUGAUGAAGCAGUUUAGAGGAGUGCCAGGUGUCAGAGAGGAACGCUUUGAGGAAGGAAUGACAGUAAAGCACUGUGCAUUAUCCCUUGUGGGAGAACCCAUCAUGUACCCAGAAAUCAACAGGUUUUUGAAGCUACUCCACGAGUGUAAAAUCUCCAGUUUCCUGGUCACAAAUGCACAGUUCCCUGCGGAAAUCAGGAGCCUCAAACCAGUUACCCAGCUAUACGUCAGUGUGGACGCCAGCACCAAAGAGAGCCUGAAGAAAAUUGACCGCCCGCUCUUCAAGGAUUUCUGGCAAAGAUUCCUCGACAGUUUAAAAGCCUUGGCUGCAAAGCAACAGCGUACUGUCUAUAGGCUGACUCUAGUGAAAGCAUGGAACGUGGAUGAGCUCCAGGCCUAUGCCAAGCUGGUGUCCCUGGGGAACCCUGACUUCAUCGAGGUGAAGGGUGUUACCUACUGUGGAGAGAGUUCUGCAAGCAGUCUUACCAUGGCCAACGUACCCUGGCACGAAGAAGUGGUGCGCUUUGUCUGUGAGUUGGUGGAUCUGAUCCCCGACUAUGAAAUUGCUUGUGAACACGAACAUUCCAACUGCCUCCUGAUAGCUCACAAGAAGUUUAAGAUUGGCAGAGAAUGGUGGACGUGGAUUGAUUACAGCCGCUUCCAGGAGCUCAUCCAGGAAUAUGAAGACAGUGGUGGAUCCAAAACUUUCAGUGCCAAGGAUUACAUGGCCAAAACUCCUCACUGGGCGUUAUUUGGUGCCAACGAAAGAGGCUUUGAUCCCAAGGACACAAGAUAUCAGAGAAAGAACAAAUCAAAGGAUAUUUCUGGAUGUUGAGAUUAUCUGAAUUUAGGAUACCGAAGGACACAAACUGAUUGCCCCAGAAGGUUCUCAGACUCCACUGUGAUUUUUCCAAGGACAAAUUGCACAAAUUAUAUUUCACAUAGAGAAGGGUGUAAGGGGACGCAAGUCACAUCCUGAGGCUUGGGAAACAGCAGCCACGCUCUGAGUGCCUGGGACUCAGCCUCACCGUCUCUUUCCAGGCUCAGUCCCUUUUCUGAGUUUACUUCUGAAAGAAAAUCAUUUUGAGGGGGAAGUACACAAUCUUUAUUAGUUUUGAAUUAUAAUUAGGAAGACUGCCUAGAAUGCCAACCAUGGGAGUGUCGUGCAGAGUGAAUUUCUGUUCCUCUUUCCCCGUCAUGGGCUGUUGGCCUUUGUCAGUUGUACUACCCUGAGGUCAGUGUAUCUGCUUCCUCUAAGAUCUCCAUCCCUUUCUUACAUCUUAAGAUAACACUUCCUGAAAGUAAUUUGUUGUAAUUCUCAAUGAUUUUAAAUACUACAUAGAUUUCUUUAAAUGUUCAUUUAGUACCAACUCUUAAGAAACUGAUUUGGAUCUAAAACUGUACUAGAUCUCAUUCUAUUCCCAUACAGAUUGCCAUAGAAAGUAGUAUGUGAGCUGGAUUAGAGUAAAAUCUCUCUUCUUCUGUAAGAGGAAUUGUCAUGUGAUGUCACUGAAUAAUUAGUCUCACAAGUUAGUAAAACAAUGAGUACAAUUUGUUUUUGAUUUGAAAAGUCAGUGUUUAAGCCUCUUAUCACUACACAUAUAGCAGGUUUCCAACUUCUUUCACUCUUGUAGCCCUAGCUACUUUCUGCGAUCUGUCCUUUAAGUUUUUUCCUAGUUGAAAACAUCACUAAAUACUCAGUAGUUUUUAAAAAGUGUUAUAGUUAUUUAAAAAAUUCCUUUAUCCUAAAAUUUUAAUAAAAUAUCUUUUGUGAAGACUUGGACCACACAUUUUCUUUUGAGCGCUUAUUAUAAAGAUGCUUCUAGUCCUGUGGUUCUAAGCCCUGUCAGACCCAUCUCCUCCUUAUAUUCCUCCUCUAUUCUCUGCUGAAGUAAAGUUCAUAAUAAUAUAAUCUACUUACUCAUUUAGUUGAAAACUGGGCUCUGUAUUUAUUUCUAAGUGAUAGAGUCUCUCUGUGCCAUAGGAUGAAAUCAGAUGUUCUUGAAGUCACCACAUCUUCAAGCAUGUGUUCAUUCUCCUGUUCUGUUUACCCCUGAGACAGACAAGAGAUGGGAGUGGUCCAGGCCAGUGAGGCAGGAGCUCACUGAAGCUCAGAUGUGUUAAUGGUCGUUGAGUAGAGAUGGAAAAUCUCUGUUCGAACCUUAAAUUAGAGCAGAGUAUUAAAAAGCAAGAGCUCAUGCUAAGGAGCGCACAGAUGGGCUCCUGUUUGUGACAGCUAACUGGGCACACAGCUGUAGGAAGACCCCUCUGGGGCUGCCAUAAGAACAGGGCAGGCGGCAGUGCAUGCUGGGCUUUGGACCGUCCCUCAACCUCUUUUUCAACCGGGCAACUCUGCUUUUAUUUUUUAUGCAUUGAGGUUCUGCUCAGGACUUAAUUUGAAGGAAGAUAUUCUGUUGCUUCAACGAAAAAAGAACGUAGCAAACCUCUCACCACUAGAAUGAGCCCUCCUGACUCCACUAACUUUAGGCACAUAAAUGAGCAGUUUUUCUCCCUUUGCCACCCAGGAAGUGUUUGCUUUAUAUUAAAAAAAAAAUAACAUGGCAUCUUAAUCCCAGUUCACAGUCACAGCAGAAAAUUUUAAAUGCCUAGGGGAAAAAAAAUACAGUGGAAUCUGGAUGAAAAAAAUUAAAUGUUUGCUGAGCAGUAUUAAAGUAGAAGAGAUGGGGAAGCUUGAAUAUUCUUAGAAGGUGAGCUAUUUGAAAAAUAGCAUUCUAGAUGUCCAGUGGAAGUUAUUGUUGGAGAUUGAGCAAGCGAUUCUAAAAUUCUGCUGAAAAACUAGCCAGGUAAGAAUAGUUACAAGAUUCUAGAAAAAUAAUUAUUCAAGGAAAAUUGCUUUACAAGAUAUUAAAGAAUGUCUAAAAUAAUUCAAACAGCAUGAAACAAGAGAUCAGCUUCCAAAAUGACAGAGUGAGAACUUCAGUAAACUCACUCUCCCUCUAAAACAGUGAAAAUAUGGGCAAAACAACUAAAAUCAAAGGAUUUUAGAACUCCGACAGUUUAACCAAAGCUUUGCCGUGAGCUGAAAAUCAUCUGUUAAGAUAAACUACUGAACCUUAAUAAAAUUAACAGUUUACUUCUCAUCAGAAAGCAUGGAGGCCAAAAGUCAGUGGAAUGGUAUCUUAAAAGAGCUGGGAGAAGAGACUUUCAACCAAAAAUUCUAUGCCUAGCUUAAUCUUCCUUCAAAAUUAAAGAAGAAAUUAAGACAUUUUCAGAUAAGAAGUAAAAGAAUUCAUCACCAGCAGACCUGCCUGCGAGGAGGAGUCCUCAGGCCUUAAUGAAAUUACGUUCGUUAGGCACUAACUUGAAACCACGUGAAGAAAUAAACAGCACUGGUGAAAGUAACUACGUAAGUUUUAUAGAAGACAAUAUAAAUGUACUUUUGUUUGUAACUCUCCUAUCUGUUUUAUAAGAUAGCUGCAUAAAGCAGUGUUUAUAAAACUGUGUUGAUGGACUUAGAAUGUAUAAAGAUGUAAUUUGUAUGAUGGUAAUAACAUGAAAGAAGUGUGAGGGGAACAGAGGUAUAUUGGAACAAGUCUUGACUACCCACUGUUGAAAUUAAGUGGGUAUGUUUCCAAAGCAGAUUGUUUUAAGAUGCUAAUUGCAAUCCCAAGAGCAGCCACUAAGAAUAAAUUUUAAAAGUUAUAGUAAAAAAAAUACGAUUCUGCUCACAGUUUCAAUGUGUGGAUUCCCCCCCGCAACACCAAACAGUUCUCCAACACCAGCUGGGUGUCCUGCAGUUCAGCUUAAUUCUGACACUGCCUACCUGGAGAUAGCAUCAGAUCCCACAGGUUAAGUGCUCUGCCCCCCAACUUCAGAUGCCAGUCACAAGUCCAGGUUGUCACCUGUGCUUCUGACCAACCAGCUAUAGAUUGGAGGUUCCCGUGGGUUUGAUUAGCGUGCUAGAGCGGCUCACAGAACUCAGAGAAACAUUUUACUUACUAGAUUAUUGGUUUAUUAUAGAAGGGUGUAACUCAGGAACAGCCAGAUGGAAGAGAUACACAGGGCAAGGUACGUGGGAAGGAAGAUAGGGCUUCCAUGCCUUUUGCAAGCAUGCCGCUCUCCCAGAUCAUGUGUUCGCCAAUCUGGAAGCUCUCCAAACCCAGUCCUUUUGGGUUUUUAUAGAGACUUCAUUACAUAGGCACGAUUGAUUAAAUCAUUGGCCAUUGGUGAUUGACCUUAAUCUCCAGCCCCUCUCCCCUCUCCAGAGGUCCAGGGGUGGUUCUGAAAGUUCCCAACCCUCUAAUCACUUGGUUGGUGGCCCUCGCAACGAGUCCCCUUCCUUAGGUUACCUAAGGGUUUUCCAAAAGUCACCUCAUUAACAUAACAAGACACCCGUUGUUGUUGUUGUUGUUGUGAUCACUUAGGAAAUUCCAAGGGUUUUAGGAGCUCUAUGCCAGGAACUGGGAGAGAAUAAAUAUAUUUAAUAAUUUAAUAUUUAUAUUUAAAUAAUGUAUAUUUCUUAUUAGAAAUCACAAUAUCACAAAGAAACGAGAAUUUAAAAAGUACACUAGAAAAUAUCUAUUUAGAAGACAGUAACAGUAACAAAACAACAAAGAUCUAAGACAUUCAAAAAACAAAUAGCAAAAAUGUCAGGCACAAAUCUUGCCUUAUUGGGUAAGUAUAUUAUGUAAGUAGAUUAAAUACCCCAAUCAAAAGAGGCAGAAUGUAUUUUUCUUUUAAAUCCAAUUAUAUGCUGUUCGCGAUAGGCACACUUUAGAUUCAAAGACUAAAAGGAUCGAGAAAGGUAUACCAUGGAAGCAGUUACCGAAAGAGAGCUAGAGUGGUUGUACUAAUAUCAAAAAAACAGACUUUAAGACAAAAAAAAAUUGUUAGUGGGGACAAAAGGGACAUUUUAUAAUGAUAAAUUGUAAUUAUUAUAAUUAUUUAUAAUUACAUCUUAAUAGAAAGAUGUAAUGAUUUUAAACAUGCAUGGACCUAACUAACAACAGAGCCCCAAAAUAUGUGAAGCAAAACCUGACAGAAUUGAAGGGAGAUGAUUCAGUAGUAAUUGGAGACUUACAUAACCCACUUACAAUAAUGGAUAGAGCAACUAGGCCAAAGCCCAAAAAGGAAAUAAGAGAUUUGAGCAACACUAUAAACCAAGUACACCUAAAGGCCUCUAUAGGACGCUCCACCAACAACACAUUAUUCUCAAGGGCCCAUGGAACAUUCUCCAGUAUAAACUAUAUGUUAGAUCAUAAAAAAAGUCUCAGUAAGUUUAAAAGGAUUGAAAUUAUGCAACGUAUAGUCUCUGACCAAUGGAAUGAAAUUAGAAAUCAUUAGAAAUCAACAGCAGAAGAAAAUUUGGGAAAUUCAUAAAUAUGUAGCAGUUAACCAACAUCCUAAACAAACAAUGGGUCAAAGAGGGAAUCACAAGGAAAUUAGGAAAGACUUUUGAGAUCAAUGAAAAUGAAAACACAACAUACCAAAACUUAUGGGAUGCUGCUAAUAUAGUGCUUAGAGGGAAUUUAUAGCUGUAAAUGCCUACAUUAAAAAGAAGAUACAUCUCGGCUUCCCUGGUGGCGCAGUGGUUGAGAGUCCGCCUGCCAAUGCAGGGGACACGGGUUCACGCCCUGGGCCGGGAAGAUCCCACAUCCCGCGGAGUGGCUGGGCCCGUGAGCCAUGGCCGUGGAGCCUGUGCUCCGCAACGGGAGAGGCCACAACAGUGAGAGGCCCGCAUACCGAAAGAAAAAAAAAGAAGAUACAUCUCAAAUUAAUAACCUAACCUUCCAUCUUAAGGAACUAGAAAAAGAACAACUAAACUCAAAGUGAGCUAAAGGAAAAAAAUAAUAAACACUAGGGCAGAAAUAAAUAAAGGAAAGAAAAGCAAAAGAAAAAAAUUAGUGAAACUGGAAGUUGGUUCUUUAAAAAAAUCAACAAAAUUGGCAGACCUUUAGCUAGACUCACCAAGAAAACAGGAAGAUGCAAAUAGCUAAAAUCAGCUAUGAAUGCACAACUUUGUGAAUAUACUACAAACUAUGCUAUACACUUUAAAUGAGUGGAUUUUAAGGUAUAUGAAAUAUAUCUCAAUAAAGCUUUUUUUAAAAAAGCAC